AUGACUGUCGCAGAUUAUUUGGACAUAGCAGCCCAGAAAAGAGAAGCUAGGGACAAAGCCUUCAUCGGCGAGUGGCUGAUUCCGGAUGACGCACUUCCUCAAAAAGAUGUCAAAGAUGUCCUUACUUGGGCGAUUAACUCUGGGUACUUGGCAAAACGAGAAGUAGCCAUAACAGAAUCCACACUCGACGAACUUUCAGAGAAGAUCAAAAAUAGAGAAUGGACAGCAUACGAGGUGGCAAUGGCGUUUUGUCACAGAGCAUCUAUAGCACACCAGUUGGUUAAUUGUCUUUCUGAGGUGUUUUUCAAGGAAGGCUUGCAGCAAGCCCGAGAAUUGGAUGAAUACUAUGAGAAGACAAAUCAACUAAAAGGUCCCUUCCACGGUUUACCCAUAUCUCUCAAGGAUAACUUUAAUGUCAAAGGUCAGGCUACCACCAUCGGAUUUGUCGGGUUCUCCUUCAAUCCUGAGAAAUUUGAAUCAGAGUCUCUCCUUGUCUCAAAGCUGAGAGAGUUGGGCGCUGUCUUCUGCUUCAAGACAAAUGUACCUGUAGCUAUGAUGAUGCCAGAGUCCACUAAUCACAUUUACGGAAAUACAGUGAAUCCCUUCAAUAGAGCUACGACUAGUGGGGGUAGCUCUGGCGGUGAAUGCGCACUCGGAGCUCUACUUGGCAGAUGUUACUUAGGUCUCGGGUCAGAUAUCGGUGGAUCUUUGAGAAUCCCAGCAUCUCUGCAAAACCUGUUCACAUUACGACCCUCUUCUGGCAGAUUUACCACCUAUGGCGCGCGCUCCGGCUUGCCUGGACUCGAAUCUGUGGCUAGCGUAAAUGGUCCUAUAUCGACCACAAUGGAAAAUCUCGAGUUCUACUGUAAAAAUAUUGUCAAUCAUGGAGAGCAGUGGCUGGUCGAUUCAAAGUGCCUUGAAAUACCUUGGAGAGAGGUGAUCCUUCCUGAAAAACUUACGGUUGCUCUUUUGAAAGACGAUGGGAUAGUGAAACCAUAUCCGGCUAUCGCGCGGGCCCUCGACCAAGUUGAGCACUCGUUGAAGUUACAGGGCCAUGAAGUAAUUGGAUGGAACCCUCUUCAUCAUGAUCGCCUAACAAAGUUGAUUGGCGCUUUCUUUCUCAGUGAUGGUGGCAAACAUUGCAAAGAAUAUCUCAAUUUGACCGGUGAGCCGGUCUUCGAUUACAUGAAACCCUAUGAAAGUGCAUCCGAUCUACCGGUGUCUGAACUUUGGGAUCUCCAAACUGAGCGUACCAGACUGUGCAAUGAGUACUUAGCUCAAUGGAAUAAAACGUGCGAAAGGACGUCUUCAGGUAAGCCUAUUGAUGCUAUCAUUACGCCUGUUUCACCUUACUCUGGGGUGGGCAUAGACAAAUUCAGGUAUAUUGGGUACACUGCUGUAUUUAAUGCGUUAGACUGGGCUGCUGGCACAAUACCUGUCACCAGGGUUGAUAAAAGAAUUGACAAGAAGGACGAGAUGUACGAACCACGAAACAUGAUGGACGCAAGAACUUAUGAUGAAUACGAUGCGGAUGAAGUCGAUGGAUGUGCCGCAUCAGUCCAAAUUGUUUGCAAAAGGCUACAGGAAGAGAAGGUUGUCAAAAUGAUGAAAACUGUAUCAAGAAUUGUAGGUACUCAUGAUUAUUGGAGCUCUAGCAAGUAG